AAAUAUGAGCCAGUAUUGCUUUAUUUAAGUAACUGCACGCCUCGCUCUUUAAUAUUAGCUCAGGAGUCUUUUAAAUAUCAUCACAAAAUGCUCCACAAAACAACUAAAGGACUCGCGAUUCUUGCCUUAACUCUUGUGGUUGCAGGCGACAAGUAUCUUGCUCAGAAACCUGAUUUUCUGAAACCUUGUAAAUUAACUGAAUCUGGAUUUGAUCAAUGCCUGGCCAAAGGUUAUCAGAUUAUAUUUUCGGAAUACAAAAAUGGUAUACCAGGUCUCAAAGGUCUCGGCUCUAUUGAUCCCCUUCACGUAAAACGUAUCACCAUAAAUGAAAAAGGCAACAAUGCGAUAUCAUUGAAUAUUGUCCUUUCAAACGUCCUUUUGGAAGGUUUGCGAAAUACCCAAGUUAACGAGGCAAAUUUUGAUAAAUCGAAAUAUAUGACCAAGGCGAAGUACUCACUUCCGGAUACAACAUUGAAAUUUGAUUACGAAGUGGAAGGACGCAUUCUAUCAUUACCAAUGAAUGGAAAAGGCAAAGGAGAAAUGAAAAUUCAAAAUCUCAAAAUUGAUGUUGACCUUAAAUUCAAACUUCGAGAGGAAGAUGGUUUUAAAUUUACUGAUGUGGAAAACGCUCGUGUCCUUAUUAACGAUGUUGGUGGUUUUCACUUUAACUUGGAAAAUCUUUUCAAUGGACAAAAAGAUUUGGAGAACUCAGCCAAUGAAUUACUAAAAACAAGUUGGAUGGAAAUAUUUCAGACGUUGCGUCCCUCGAUCAGAACAACAAUUCAGACUAUCUUAGAAGAUCGUUUCAAGAAAGUAUUUGGUCAUAUACCAGGAACGUAUUUCAUCGAAGAUUUAUGAGGAGGUAUUUUUUGUAAACAACAUUUGAUAUCAUGAAAUAAAAACAAAUAUUUAUGUAAAAAUGUUUACCCUGA